UGGAAGCUGAAAGAUGUCAGAAAAAGUAAUAAAGGUGAAAUAUGAAGACAUGAUGACACGGAUUAGGGUGUCCAGUUAUGGACCAUUUAAUUAUUUGCAUCAUCUGAAAUCCAAGAUUUUUGAUCUUUUCAAGUUGAAGGGAGUUGCCGAUGAACUUAAUUUAAGAUAUACAGACGAAGAUGGUGAUGUUAUCGUUAUACUAGAUGAAGUUGGUUAUUCGGAGACAUUAACACAGAAACGCAACCCGAUUUAUGUUGAAGCAUCGUUAAGUAGGAGCGAAGGAAGUAGUCUAAAAUGCAGUGAAAUUAGCUUUCAUAAUUUGGGGCCAUUUGGUGGAGCAGGGGGGACAUACUGGAACGAUGGAAAUUUUGAAGGAAUAAAUGCAAUUACUGUAACCACGAGUUCAGUAUGUUUGCUUUCCAUUCAAGUUAGUUAUGCUACUGGAAAGAAUACCACUCAUUUCGGAGCUCGACACGGAGGAGCAGGGGAGGCAAUCUCUACGAGAUUUAAGUACCCAAAUGAAAAGCUUCAAAAGAUAAGUGGAUAUUGUGGACUUGUAGAAAAUACGUGGACAGUCAUUAAAGGUUUGUCGUUUGAAACUAACCUUGCAAAAUACGGUCCAUUUGGUGUAUUGGAUUGGCUUCCUUUCGAGUUUGAUUUGAGAUCAAGGCAUGUGAUUGGUUUUUAUGGCCGAGCUUGUGAUAGAUAUUUGAGCUCUAUUGGUCUGCACACUUACUCAAUGCCUACCAAAACUUAACUUGGAAAAUGAAGCUAAAUGAGCUGGGACUACAGUUUGGGAUGAGAGGUCCUAAUCUGCUUUGUUUCAUCUCUGUCCGACCAUGGUAUAUCAGAUAUUUAGUGUUAUACGUUUGUGCUAUGUGUGAAUAGAGUUUAUUUAGUUAGUCGUAUUGUGUACAAAUGACUAUUGGGCCACAAAUUUACUAAUCUACAAACCAGUGAAAGCUAUAAGGUUUGAAAUCAUAACUUGCUUUUUGUAUUGCCAUAUA